UUAAUUGAAUUACAGGUGAGGGUUAACUACGGCAGAGGCUGCGUGUGGAGAGGCCGCGUCAUGCAUGAACUGCUGCACGCCCUGGGCCUCAGACACGAGCACUCGAGACCUGACCGAGACCUCCACAUCGCCGUUAACUGGAACAACAUUAAACCUGGUUCUAGACACCAUUUUCAAGUCGAUAACGGAUACACGUUCUUGGACAUCCCGUAUGACUUUGACAGCGUCAUGCACUACGGUCGCAACGCUUUCGCCAAGAACUCUUCUGUUGGAGUUCUGACCGCUCUCACCAGUCCUACCAGACCUCUCGGUGGCGCUGUUCUCACUGAGCUGGACCGUCGACGCCUGCAAGUCCUUUACGGUUGCUACAAUGCCAUGCACUGAAAUCUAAAAUCUUUAUCAUUGUUUAAUUUCGUUUUAAACUACCCUCUGCUGUCAUA